UAUUUUCAUUGUUACAACUCAAACACACGGGAUUAAAGGAUUCCGGACGAAAAUAGCGCCCUUAUCAGAGCAAACACAGGUAUCACCUUUUUUCUACUUAAGAGCAACACAUUACUUUCCAACCAUUUGUCGAGACAAGAUGAGGAUUCUCAUUUGUUGCACCCUCCUGUUCGUCUGUCUCACAAUCAUCCCUUCGGCCAACUGCGACAAAAAAUACAAAUUGAGUGAGUACAACGAACGCGAUAAACGUGAGACUAGAGAAAGAUACACGAAACGUGAACUCGAAGAUGAUCACAAGUUCAAGAAGAACAAACAUAGAGGGCGCGACGAGGACGAUGACGAAAUAAGUGAACCCAAAGGGAAGAAAUUUAGCAAAAAGAAUGAAGACCGAAAGUUUGACAAGAGAAAUGAAGAAGUUGCACCCAAGGGACGAAAGUACAAAAAGGACAGUCGAGACGAAGAUGAAGAACGUAUCAGAGUGACAAAAACGAAGAUCCACGCACGCAAACUGCAAGAAAGCGCCGAAGAUGACGAUACUGACGAAACAGAGGAAGACGAAGUGAGCGAAUCUUGCACCAAAAAGGGGAAGAAUUGCCACGAAACCAAUGAAGAAGAUGACACUGACGAAGACGACGAUGGCGAAAGUGACGAAGUUCCGCCCAAGAAGCGGAUAAUUUACGUGAAGAAGUUCGCCCACGAGAAGAAGAAGAACAAUAAAGACAAGGAAAUCGGGUCGAUUUUGAAGAUACACAAGAAGAACGGUGUCGAUGUCACUAAAACCAAAGGAAACGGUCGCAGAUUCAGGAAAAACAACGACGAUGACGAUUCGAGUGAAGAAGUGGAGCUGCCGAAGCGUCACCGCUUGCUUUACGAGGACGAGGAGUGAAUUUGCCGGGUGAAGAACAAGUGCCCAAGUGGUUUAGGGAAGUUAGUCCAAUUGUUGCUCAAUCUUGUUAUAAGGAACCUCUUCACCUUUUUGCGGAAUAUGGGGGGUUAGUUGUUUCCAUUACUUUCAUUAUGUAUUACGUUUUGUUACAAUAAAACUUUCACUUUU